ACAAAAUCGACAUACAUUCCACCAUUUUCCCCUGUUUGAAAGUCUGAAUUGAAAGAAAUCAAAAUAUAUGUAAUUAAAGCAGAGAGUAAACGAAUUGGCGUGAAAGAAAUUUGAAAUUUACUUUCCCAUUUUGUUUUAUUCAAGCAUGUUAAUUGCUCAGGAUCUCGCGCAAUACAAAACCCCUCCAAUUUGUCUUGUGUCCUGAGAUUUAGGGUUUUUACAAAAAUCUUGAAUCCUUUUUGCGCUUACUUAUUGAUUGGCAGUGGGCUACUGACACACACAAAGACAGAUAUUUAAGAGUUUGAGGGGUUUUUAUCCGAGUGAUUGUACGGAUGACAGUGAUGGAUGGCAGGAGGAUAACGGCGAAUCCACGUCCGUCUAGUGGCCGGCGGGUGGUUGCGAGGAAGCGGCCGCGUGGAGGUGUUGAUGGGUUUGUUAAUAGCGUUAAGAAGCUUCAGAGGAGAGAGAUAUGUUCGAAAAGGGGACGUGCUUUUAGUAUGUGUGAUGCUCAGGAGAGGUUCAGAAAUAUUCGAUUACAGGAGGAGUAUGACACCCAUGAUCCCAAGGGACACUGUCCUACAGUUUUGCCAUUUCUUAAGAAGAGGUCAAAGAUUAUUGAGAUUGUAGCUGCUCAUGAUAUAGUAUUUGCUCUUGCACAAUCAGGAGUUUGUGCAGCAUUCAACAGAGAAACUAACAAGAGAAUAUGCUUUCUGAAUGUUACUCCUGAUGAGGUUAUAAGAAGCCUGUUCUACAAUAAGAACAAUGAUUCACUCAUUACAGUUUCAGUGUAUGCUUCAGACAGCUUUAGUUCCUUGAAAUGCAGAACGACAAGGAUUGAAUACAUAAGGAGAGGUCAACCGGAUGCUGGUUUUGCUCUUUUUGAAUCAGAAUCUUUGAAAUGGCCUGGAUUUGUAGAGUUUGAUGAUGUAAAUGGGAAGGUACUCACGUUCUCAGCACAAGAUAGCAUUUACAAGGUGUUCGACCUAAAAAACUAUAUGAUGUUGUAUUCCAUAUCAGAUAAAAAUGUACAAGAGAUCAAAAUAAGCCCUGGAAUCAUGUUGUUGAUAUUUAACAAAUCCAGUGGCCAUGUCCCUUUAAAGAUCCUCUCUAUUGAAGAUGGAACUGUUUUAAAAUCUUUCAACCAUCUUCUUCAUCGACAUAAGAAGGUGGAUUUUAUCGAACAGUUCAAUGAAAAGCUUCUUGUAAAGCAAGAGAAUGAGAAUCUACAGAUUCUUGAUGUACGAACUUCUGAGCUAAUAGAAGUUAGCAGGACAGAAUUCAUGACUCCAUCAGCAUUCAUCUUUCUGUAUGAGAAUCAGUUAUUCCUGACAUUCAGAAACAGAACAGUUGCAGUCUGGAAUUUCAGAGGGGAACUUGUGACUUCAUUUGAAGAUCAUUUGUUAUGGCAUCCAGACUGCAACACCAACAACAUUUACAUCACAAGUGAUCAGGAUCUCAUCAUUUCAUAUUGCAAAGCCGAUUCAGAUGAUCCAUUAACUGAAGGAAAUGCAGGUUCCAUAAAUAUCAGCAAUAUUCUGACUGGGAAAUGUCUGGCUAAAGUGAAGGCAUUGAAUAAUGUUGUGAUGGAUGAAUGCAGUUGCAGUGAUAGUGAUAGUGAUAGAAGAAGAUGCAAGUGCAAAUCAAGGAAUAGAAGGAUUGAAGCUUCAAGGACUACAGAAGCUCUGGAGGAUAUUACUGCUCUUUUCUAUGAUGAAGAUCGUAGUGAGAUAUAUACUGGGAAUAGGCUUGGUUUUGACCCACCUGACCCACCGGUGGUGGUGGUGGUGGUGGUGUUGGGUGGUGGUGGGGUUGUGAGUUCAAUUUGGUUAAAUUUGGUGCAAGUGCAUCUCCAAUUAAGUUUCAUUUUAAGUGUAGAAAAUCGGGGAAUUUGUUUGGCUAGAUCUUAUCGUCAACGGUUGGUAGAGAUGGAGGGCGGAAUAAAUCUUGAUGCAACACUUGAUUAUGUUGAAUUUCACACAUUUCCAAGCCAGAACAGGUAUGAGGUAAGUGUAUGGAGCAGCAACAAAGAAGAGAAUUUAGCAUCUGGACCCUUGAAACAACUGUUGUUACAUUCACCUGAAACAAGAAAUUUGUCCUCCAAAGACUCCAACACAAAGUUCAAGAUUUUACCACCUGACAACAUAAAUGAUGCCAGCUGGUUUACAAUAGCCACACUGACAAGAUUUCUACAAAUUAUUGGUUUGUCAGACGUCCUUAGCAUUGGAAAAGAAAUCUCUCAACUAGAGGGGACCAGAAAUUUUAUAAUCUCAUCAUCUGAUAAGAGUGAAAUUCUGGUAGCAGUUGAUUUGAGAUUGACAGCAUUGAAAGAGGAACUAGCUGCUGUGUUAAACAAGGCUAUUAGUUCAAAAUACUCACUUAAAGACAUUUCUGACUUGGGAAACUUUGCUCUUCAUUUUGGAGCCAAGGCUCUAGGGGACUCAUUGCAGAAGUCUGUUGAAUUGAGCUCAAUAGAAGAUGAGGAUUCAAGUGAGGAGGAUGAACUGAAUACUGAAAGAAGUCGUGGUGUUACAAGAUCUUCAAUGCCUAAAAGAUCAGCAUCUCCAAUGAGAAGAAUCCAGAUAGGGCGAUCUGGUUCUCGAAGAACAGCUGCAUUAAGUAUCAAGAGUCUCAACUAUUUUCCAGGUAGGGAAAAGUCAACAAUGCCCCUAGGAGAUGAUGAAGAGGAAGAGGAAGAAGAUUCACACAGACCUGUUAACAACAAUGUAUUGAGAAUGAGUGUACAAGAUAAAAUCAGUCUGUUUGAAAGCAAACAAAGAGACCAAGGUGUAGUAAAUGUUCAGAAGACAACAAAGAGUGCAAACAAAGCUGUACUUAGAAGAUGGAGUUCAGGAAUGGGUGAAAAAGGGACUACUUUAAGCAGCCCCAAAAAUAUAGAUCCAGAUGUCAAAACAGAGACUGAUAAUAAUAAUAAUAAUAAUUCCAAUACUGAAACUUGUCCUGAAAAGGGAACAACAUAUGAGGAGUUGGGUGUGGAAGCUGAGAAAUUUGAACAAGCUGAAAGAGAUGAUGAAUGGAGUCAAGAAAAGGGAUUUAAUGAUCAAAAUGUGACAAGUGAUGAUAGCAAAAUAAAGAUUUCAAAGGAGCAGAAAGGCGAAGUUUACGAGGAUCAUGAUAAUAAAAAAAGGGAAGAAAAGGUCCAAAAACAAGGUGCUAGAAAGAGAGUUGAGAAAAGCUCCAGUACCAAUGUGAGUGGUGCUAAAUCUAAUGGAAGACAUCAACAAAAAACUCAAAAGAACACAGCCCAAUCCCAGUUGAUAAAUUCCAAAACCACCAUGAAACCUUCUGCAAUCAAGAAAUCUACAUUAAACUCAUCUUCUUUGCCUACUACACGAAAGUCACCACAACCUGCAACUAAUCGAAAACCUGAAUCUCCUGCAUCAUCAAAAGUUGAAAAUUUACAGCCACGGUUGAAGACUGUGAAGUCAACAAAACCAGAUGGGAACACGAGAAUUAGAGCUACGAAUAUUGAGAAGAAACAUCCCACAUCGACUGAAAACAAAAAGACAACAACAAGAAGAAGAACCAAAGUUGAGACCCCUAAAAAAAACAGUGUGGUUCCAGUAGUUGAAACAAAGCCACCUUUCCUUCGUAAGGGUUCUAGGGUCGGCCCUGUUGCUGGUGGUGUUAUAAAGACACGAGGAGUUGUAUCACUAUCACAACAGCCUGUCGAAACUUCUAGAACCGAAGCCACAACUACAAGGAAUGUUGAUAUAAUGAUUAUAAAUCAUGAUAUGAUGGAAAGUAGUGAUCAAAGUGAAACUCCAAAAACUAAUUUUGUGGAACCCGAGGUGGUUGAAUGUGAGCAAUCAGACAAGUUGUCAUGUGAUGGUGAUUUAGGGGUAGAAAUAGAAGAAUUGUCUGGUGUGAAUGUGACAGAAGAACCCAAAGUAGAAAUUUACGCAGAGAAUCGUGAAAAUGAGAUUGUUCCGUACAAGGAAAGCCUAGUGCUGCCACGUGUUCGCCAUUCCUUAUCUCAGAUGAUGCUUGAGGAAAGCAAUGAAUCCGAGUGGGGUAACGACUCCCACCCUCCCACCCUAGUCUACCAAAAGGACGCACCCAGAGGAUUAAAGCGACUUUUGAAGUUUGCUAGAAAAACAACUAAACCUGAUUCACAAUCGCAUUCAACUCAUUGGUCAAGCCCAGAAGGAGAGGAUGAUACUGACGAAUCUAAAGCAACAAGGUCAUUCUUCUCUCUUUCAGCGUUCAGGGGGAACAAGAUAAAUGAGACCAAGAUUCUUCAUCGCUAAAACUUAUCACAACAACUGUAAAUCAUACAUUCGAUCAGCCCCUUCCCCUUUACAGCUGAAUUCAAUUCAAGGGUUAUAAUCAUAUUAUAUUAUCUUGUGGUUAUUAAAUCUAUAUUUCAUUUUUGUGGUAAUUGUGGGUGUUGUAGGGUACAAUGUUGAAUAAGUUAGGUUGUGCGUUUCAAGGGUUAAUUAUGUGGGAUCUUGAUACUAUUAAUUGUUAUAUUAUAAAUUUACAAUUACAUGCCCU